ACCGAGGAGAGAAUGAAUGGUCAUGUAAAGAGAAUGAGCUUUCAACAAUUUAUGGAACUGACAACAACGCUACUCUCUCUCCUGCUGGUUAUGGCUGUUGAUUCAACGAGGACUGUGGCAGCCAGCAGCAGCCAGGAGUGUGGGAAUUCUCUGCAGCAGACUUUAAAGCUCACCAGACUCGCACAGAAGGAAUCCGUCCUCCUCAUCAAAACUUAUAAGGCCGCUCAAGGAGAGAUGUCAGAGCUCUUCUGCAAGGUGUCGGUCAACAACGUCCCUGACCCCAACAUCUCUGGCCUGGAGCCCUCGGAGAGGAUAGCGAGCAUCUACACGCACCUCCAAUCCUUCAUGGCCCAUUUCAAACGGGUGUACGAGCAGCAGACAGACUUGCAGUUACCAACCAGCCCGCUCCUGGGUGAGCUUACCGUUGUCAGUGCCCGCAGCAGAGGCCUGGCCAAUCUCAUAAACAGCUUCUACCAGAGCCUCUUCCCAAACCUGCCCAUGCCGGAGCCGGCGGGGGGGCCCACGAUGCUACCUCCGCCUCAGAACGUCUUCCAGCAGAAGGUCUACGGCUGUGCGGUCCUCAAGAACUACAAGGAGUUCCUGUCGAAUGUCUCCCGAGAACUGAGAACCCUAAAGGGCAAAGUGUGCAGGAGGAGGAUAGAGUCCAACACCUUUCUCCUGAGGAUGACCUAAGGCUGGCCUUAGACAGUCAGCUCCCAACAACACCUGUUCUCAACGGGUUUUGAUAAAGACUUGUAAAGAAGUUUGAAGGUGGCUGGUACAUCAGAGUAAUUGAUACUAUUUAUGGUAUUUAAUAUUUAUUUUCUUUUGUGUUCCUGAUAAAAUGGAGUCAUGUUACAAAUACAACUCCAUGAAAGCCAUGUAUAUUUAAUACAUUUGAUGUUAUAUAAGGAUCUAUUUUUCUGAUGUAAACUUAUUUACUGC